AUGAAUAGGGGAUCAUUAGAUGAUGGGCCUAAACUACGUGAAGAAAAGCACUUCCAAGAUUUUUAUCCUGAUCUUAAUGCCGAUACUUUACUGCCGUUCAUCGUUCCCUUAGUGGAAACAAAGGAUAACAGCACCGAUACUGACUCAGAUGAUAUUUCAAAUCGGAAUAACAGAGAGAUCGGGAGUGUCAAAAGCGUACAAACUAAAGAAUUGAUUUUCAAGGGGAGAGUCACCACUGAACCACUAGUACUGAAGAAGAACGAAGUGGAAUUUCAAAAAUGUAAAAUAACUACGAAUGAGUUAAAAGGUAAGAAAAAUCCAUACUGCGUUAGAUUUAAUGAGAGCUUUAUAUCCAGGUACUAUCAUAUAAACAAAGUAAGAAAUAGGAAGAGUUAUAAACAACAACAAAAAGAAUUCGAUGGUGUGGAGGCACCCUACUUCACCAAAUUCUCUAGUAAAGAAGCCCCGAAUAUUACUAUUUCGACGAGUACAAAGAGUGCAAUUCAGAAAUUCGCUAGUAUUUCACCCAAUCUUGUUAAUUUCAAGCCUCAGUAUGACAUGGAUGAACAGGAUGAAUUAUAUUUGCACUACCUUAAUAAGAGGUAUUUUAAAGAUCAAAUGUCUCACGAAAUAUUUGAAAUUUUAAUGACUACACUAGAAACUGAAUGGUUCCAUAUUGAAAAACAUAUACCCUCAACGAAUAGUCUGAUUGCUAGGCAUAAUAUUCUAAGGGACUGUAAGAAUUAUGAGCUAUAUGGUUCUGAUGAUGGAACAGGUUUAUCGAUGGACCAGGCGUGUGCAGUUUGUUUAGGCACAGACAGUGACAAUCUGAAUACAAUUGUCUUUUGUGAUGGAUGCGAUAUUGCUGUGCAUCAAGAAUGUUACGGUAUAAUUUUUAUCCCGGAAGGAAAAUGGUUAUGUAGACGAUGUAUGAUCUCAAAAAAUAACUUUGCCACUUGUCUAAUGUGUCCAAGUCAUACAGGUGCAUUCAAACAAACAGACACCGGUUCUUGGGUACAUAACAUUUGUGCUCUAUGGCUUCCAGAGCUAUACUUUUCAAACUUACAUUAUAUGGAACCUAUAGAAGGCGUUCAAAAUGUUAGCGUAUCACGAUGGAAACUUAACUGCUACAUCUGUAAAAAGAAGAUGGGUGCUUGCAUUCAGUGCUUUCAAAGAAACUGUUUUACAGCAUAUCAUGUCACGUGUGCCCGUCGAGCUGGUCUCUACAUGAGUAAAGGGAAAUGCACUAUUCAAGAAUUGGCCUCUAAUCAAUUCUCCCAAAAGUAUUCAGUCGAAAGUUUCUGCCACAAGCAUGCACCUAGAGGAUGGCAAACGAGUAUAGAAGGUAUUAAUAAAGCUAGAAAAUACUUCUCUCUACUCUCUACAUUACAAACCGAAACUCCUCAGCAUAAUGAAGCUAAUGAUAGGACAAAUUCAAAAUUCAACAAAACAAUUUGGAAAACACCUAAUCAAACGCCGGUAGCACCACAUGUUUUUGCUGAAAUAUUGCAAAAGGUCGUUGAUUUUUUUGGCUUAGCUAACCCACCAGCAGGCGCAUUUGAUAUUUGCAAAUAUUGGUCAAUGAAAAGGGAGCUUACAGGAGGUACCCCAUUAACUGCCUGUUUUGAAAAUAAUUCAUUGGGGUCCUUAACCGAGGAACAAGUGCAAACAAGAAUAGAUUUUGCCAAUGAUCAGCUCGAAGACUUGUACCGGCUCAAAGAGCUGACUACUUUGGUGAAAAAGAGAACACAAGCUUCAAACAGCUUGUCCAGAUCCCGAAAGAAGGUUUUUGAUAUAGUUAAAUCGCCCCAAAAAUAUCUUUUAAAAAUCAAUGUACUGGAUAUCUUUAUAAAAUCUGAACAAUUCAAGGCUCUUGAAAGAUUGGUUACUGAACCUAAAUUAUUGGUUAUUUUAGAAAAGUGUAAACAUUGUGAUUUUGAUACUGUCCAAAUUUUUAAGGAGGAAAUUAUGCAUUUUUUUGAGGUUUUGGAAACUCUACCCGGUGCAUCAAGAAUACUCCAAACUGUCUCAUCAAAGGCAAAAGAGCAAGUAACAAAUUUAAUUGGGCUCAUAGAACAUGUAGAUAUUAAGAAGUUGCUAUCCAGAGAUUUUAUAAUAAAUGAUGACAAGAUAGAAGAAAGACCAUGGAGUGGCCCGGUGAUUAUGGAAGAAGAAGGUUUAAGCGAUGCAGAAGAACUGAGUGCAGGGGAACACCGUAUGCUGAAGCUAAUCCUUAACAGCGGAUAA